AUGCCUGAUGUCAACAGAGAUGCGUUAAAAACUGAUCAUCUCUCUAUCAAACAGCGCACUAAAAUCAUUGUUGUUCUUUCAGCAACUACCUUAUAUCUAAUACAAAGGCGGUUUUGGUUAAAAGAUGAAAUUUAAGCGUGUGGAAAGUAUAAGUUGCCCAAGGGAUAACAUCAUUCUUUAGAUUGAAAUUUUUACCAUAUGAUUUUCCGUGGAGAUUAGGAUAGAAAUAUAUAUGGUUCCUAAUGUCAAACAGUUAGCCUUGAACAGUGCAAAAUGGAAAUAUCUCUCACAACAAAAUUCGCUUGUGCUGCGCAGAUGAGAAGUGCGAAUUAAGAAACCGAAACACAGAAGCUUUGUCAACUCAGUCAGGUCUUUAACUUUGCUUGGCCAUUCCGCCAAAACAAAUCAGAUUGUUUCAGUAAAAGCGAUCUGCUGUCGAACAGAAUUAGUUUUUGCAUAAAUUCAUCGAUGCCCAUAAUGGCCACUAACAAACGUACGAACAAAGUUCUUAACCUGUUCGAGUCCCCAACAUAAUUAAAAUUACGUCCAAUACAAUGUAUAUGUGUCAUGCAGGAAAGUUUUCCUUUUCUCAUUUGGCUUUUCUGAUGUAAAUCUGACACAAUCAACCAAGAGUUUUAUUUAUUUAUUUUCAUUCAUUUAUCCAUUUAUUUAUAUAUUCAUUAUUUCCUUUAACAUAAUUUAGUGCUCGUGAGGUGUUUUGUUGUAUUACAUCAGUUGCCACAAAAAUAUACACAUUGAAGCUCUGUCACUGCUUAUCCAUAAACAACAUGUCUAAAACCUGAUACAGAAUAAUUUACUAGAAAGAUUUAAGGCAUGGAUUGCAUAUAGGGAGACUUGCCACUAAAAUUACAUUUAAGGUCUAUCUAAAUUUAUAAUUGCAAGAGUUUUUUCCGCUUCCAGAUUCGUAAUGUUAUCGCUAUUUCAACUAUUUAUAUCAGUUUUGCCUUCCUCUAAUAUUAAGGCAUUAUCAAAAUGACGAUAGGUGCACCAUUGUCUCCGGUAACACGCUCUGAAAGCUGAAAAUAAGCACUUCUUCAGGCAUUGAACGCAUGGGAGGGAAAUUCGCACAUAUCGCAAACUGUAAUGAUUGAAGACAACAGACUCGCAAGAUGGCAGAUGCUCGGUUAAGACUUUAAACAAAGCCAGAGUUGUAGGUUGAUAUGUUGUGCAUGAUCAGUCAGUCUAACCAUAGAUAUCCUGUCAAAUUCACUCAAGGUUGUUGCAGUAACAAGCGUGUUGAUCUGUAGCAUGAUUUUACUUCCCUGUACCAGAACAUGCCAUUAUCUUGGGGGAAGAUCAAUGACUGCUUUUAAAUUUCAAAAUUAACCAAUACAGACAUGAAUAAACAAUGUCUGCUCUUUGCCCACUACAUUCGUGCAAGAUAAUUACUAGGCUUGUAUAUAGUACUGCCCUCAAUUCGGGCUUUGCAAAUCAAGUUUCACACAAAGCUAGGGGAAAAAUGUCAGUCCAUCAACCGUAAUUCAUGCCACUUAUGGUAUUAAUUCAUUUUCUGUAAAGUAUAAAAAAAUGUGUUGUGCAAAGAAAAGACGAGUGAGAAUUGUUCUCACCUUAUUUAUCAGUCAAAUAUACUUUCACAAAUUUGAUAGCAAAGUAAGUACUAUAUGCUCUUUAUGCUAUAAAGGUCUAAGAUCCAUUUUUCAGCAUAGACAGCAGAACAUUACUUCCCACUUGUGGACAAGGGCACUUUCACAUUGUGGAGGCAGUAGAGGUAAGCCUGUCGUAGUGUAGAAAAUCUGGACCAAGCCGUCAAAAGCAAGAUUAGAAGUCUUAUAACAAACACAUUUGCACCUUUUCAAGAAGGGUAAAAUGCGGACAAUCCAAGAAAGCUAAUUAGAACUAAUGGCUAUCAAGCUAUGUACAUAAAACGUUGUGCCCGCAAACAACCGUGUGGCCACCACCAAUUGCCACCUUACUUUCAGAAAAGUUAUUCACGUGUACUAAAGAAAACGCAAAAGAAAACCGUCUGCAAAUGGUAAACUCAUUUAUUUAAAAGUUUUGAAAUAUUUUUAACAGAUAUGAAAAUGUUUAAUGAAAGGAAAAAGGUUUGGAACCAACUAAAUUAUGCUGCAGCCGAAACAAAUGAAGCAAAUAUACACCUCGAUACGCCGAGGUGUUGCUAAACACAAGUUUCUAGAAGCUUUAUUUGUGGUCGUUUAAUCGUCACUGCCGUUUGUUAGAAUAAGUGACAGGCAAUAUUCAACGCACGAUUGCUGUUUCUUUCUGUGACCUUUUUAGGCAAAUUCUCAGUGCGAAUGAAACCGCAGAGAAUUAUCUACAGAAAUACAUACGGCUCCUAAUGUCACACAGUUAGCGUUGAACAGUUCGGUUUUCCCAAUAUCGGAAACUAAACCUUAAAAGAAUCAUAAAAAAAUGAUUGAGACAAGAUUCGACACCAAACAGCGACGUAACGAUCACACAGUGACAAAACAACGUGGACGCGAAGUAAAACACAACAUAACCACAAAAUAUUGCUACUGCAAAAGACAGAAAAGGAUGUGGAUACCUUCGGACUUAUCUUGCAGAAGCGCCAGUUUUCGAGGCCCGAUGCAUCUGUGUUUCGUUGCCAAACAACACUGCUCCACCAAAAUUUCACCGCACGUGAUCAUAAGCAUUCGUUUGCCCCAUCGCUAGAUUUAGGGCCAUGAGUAGAUUUCCCAAAAUUAAACAAUUCAAGCAGCAUUCAGUUUCCUGAACAAGGAUAAAACCCUAACAAGGUUUGACUACGUGUUUUACGCAAGGCAUAUUUGAGCUUAGUUGACUGGGUCACGAGAUCUAUUACUUAAUAAGAUGCUUUCGCGAUGAACAGAAUGACACUAAAGCAGGAAAAUCUACGUGGACUAACAUGUAUAAGAAUCUAAGAGCACCACAGCUACUUUCAGUACUUUUUGUACUAACAAGAACAACUAUCAAGUGGUCAUUACUGAGCUUCUCCGACUCCCUUGCCCGAUAGAAGGAAUUGUCACUUGGUGUUGCUUCGUAUUUCACAAUCGUAGUGCCCCCCUAAUGGAAAGUUUUGACUGAAAAUCAUUGCAUGAAAAAAACGCUUUAAUUUACAGUGAAUAUUAAUCCAACACCUGCAAGCUUAAAACAGAUUUGAGAGCAACACAGGAAGCGUAGAAUUGAACAGGUCGAGACUCAGAUGUCAGAGCCCCAUCUUCCCGACAUAAAUUCUAUUCAUGUCCGCUGACUUGCAUGAGAAAAAGGUGAAAAGUGCUUAUCGUCUUUCUUUAGAAAAAAUAAUCUUUUGUCAACUGAGCACCUUUUCUUGUGCAUUCAUGAGCUCAUCCAGAGCCAUAAUUGCACGAGUGAAACAACAGAAGCUUUGUCAACUCAGUCAGGUCUUUAACUUUGCUUGGCCAUUCCGCCAAAACAAAUCAGAUUGUUUCAGUAAAAGCGAUCUGCUGUCGAACAGAAUUAGUUUUUGCAUAAAUUCAUCGAUGCCCAUAAUGGCCACUAACAAACGUACGAACAAAGUUCUUAACCUGUUCGAGUCCCCAACAUAAUUAAAAUUACGUCCAAUACAAUGUAUAUGUGUCAUGCAGGAAAGUUUUCCUUUUCUCAUUUGGCUUUUCUGAUGUAAAUCUGACACAAUCAACCAAGAGUUUUAUUUAUUUAUUUUCAUUCAUUUAUCCAUUUAUUUAUAUAUUCAUUAUUUCCUUUAACAUAAUUUAGUGCUCGUGAGGUGUUUUGUUGUAUUACAUCAGUUGCCACAAAAAUAUACACAUUGAAGCUCUGUCACUGCUUAUCCAUAAACAACAUGUCUAAAACCUGAUACAGAAUAAUUUACUAGAAAGAUUUAAGGCAUGGAUUGCAUAUAGGGAGACUUGCCACUAAAAUUACAUUUAAGGUCUAUCUAAAUUUAUAAUUGCAAGAGUUUUUUCCGCUUCCAGAUUCGUAAUGUUAUCGCUAUUUCAACUAUUUAUAUCAGUUUUGCCUUCCUCUAAUAUUAAGGCAUUAUCAAAAUGACGAUAGGUGCACCAUUGUCUCCGGUAACACGCUCUGAAAGCUGAAAAUAAGCACUUCUUCAGGCAUUGAACGCAUGGGAGGGAAAUUCGCACAUAUCGCAAACUGUAAUGAUUGAAGACAACAGACUCGCAAGAUGGCAGAUGCUCGGUUAAGACUUUAAACAAAGCCAGAGUUGUAGGUUGAUAUGUUGUGCAUGAUCAGUCAGUCUAACCAUAGAUAUCCUGUCAAAUUCACUCAAGGUUGUUGCAGUAACAAGCGUGUUGAUCUGUAGCAUGAUUUUACUUCCCUGUACCAGAACAUGCCAUUAUCUUGGGGGAAGAUCAAUGACUGCUUUUAAAUUUCAAAAUUAACCAAUACAGACAUGAAUAAACAAUGUCUGCUCUUUGCCCACUACAUUCGUGCAAGAUAAUUACUAGGCUUGUAUAUAGUACUGCCCUCAAUUCGGGCUUUGCAAAUCAAGUUUCACACAAAGCUAGGGGAAAAAUGUCAGUCCAUCAACCGUAAUUCAUGCCACUUAUGGUAUUAAUUCAUUUUCUGUAAAGUAUAAAAAAAUGUGUUGUGCAAAGAAAAGACGAGUGAGAAUUGUUCUCACCUUAUUUAUCAGUCAAAUAUACUUUCACAAAUUUGAUAGCAAAGUAAGUACUAUAUGCUCUUUAUGCUAUAAAGGUCUAAGAUCCAUUUUUCAGCAUAGACAGCAGAACAUUACUUCCCACUUGUGGACAAGGGCACUUUCACAUUGUGGAGGCAGUAGAGGUAAGCCUGUCGUAGUGUAGAAAAUCUGGACCAAGCCGUCAAAAGCAAGAUUAGAAGUCUUAUAACAAACACAUUUGCACCUUUUCAAGAAGGGUAAAAUGCGGACAAUCCAAGAAAGCUAAUUAGAACUAAUGGCUAUCAAGCUAUGUACAUAAAACGUUGUGCCCGCAAACAACCGUGUGGCCACCACCAAUUGCCACCUUACUUUCAGAAAAGUUAUUCACGUGUACUAAAGAAAACGCAAAAGAAAACCGUCUGCAAAUGGUAAACUCAUUUAUUUAAAAGUUUUGAAAUAUUUUUAACAGAUAUGAAAAUGUUUAAUGAAAGGAAAAAGGUUUGGAACCAACUAAAUUAUGCUGCAGCCGAAACAAAUGAAGCAAAUAUACACCUCGAUACGCCGAGGUGUUGCUAAACACAAGUUUCUAGAAGCUUUAUUUGUGGUCGUUUAAUCGUCACUGCCGUUUGUUAGAAUAAGUGACAGGCAAUAUUCAACGCACGAUUGCUGUUUCUUUCUGUGACCUUUUUAGGCAAAUUCUCAGUGCGAAUGAAACCGCAGAGAAUUAUCUACAGAAAUACAUACGGCUCCUAAUGUCACACAGUUAGCGUUGAACAGUUCGGUUUUCCCAAUAUCGGAAACUAAACCUUAAAAGAAUCAUAAAAAAAUGAUUGAGACAAGAUUCGACACCAAACAGCGACGUAACGAUCACACAGUGACAAAACAACGUGGACGCGAAGUAAAACACAACAUAACCACAAAAUAUUGCUACUGCAAAAGACAGAAAAGGAUGUGGAUACCUUCGGACUUAUCUUGCAGAAGCGCCAGUUUUCGAGGCCCGAUGCAUCUGUGUUUCGUUGCCAAACAACACUGCUCCACCAAAAUUUCACCGCACGUGAUCAUAAGCAUUCGUUUGCCCCAUCGCUAGAUUUAGGGCCAUGAGUAGAUUUCCCAAAAUUAAACAAUUCAAGCAGCAUUCAGUUUCCUGAACAAGGAUAAAACCCUAACAAGGUUUGACUACGUGUUUUACGCAAGGCAUAUUUGAGCUUAGUUGACUGGGUCACGAGAUCUAUUACUUAAUAAGAUGCUUUCGCGAUGAACAGAAUGACACUAAAGCAGGAAAAUCUACGUGGACUAACAUGUAUAAGAAUCUAAGAGCACCACAGCUACUUUCAGUACUUUUUGUACUAACAAGAACAACUAUCAAGUGGUCAUUACUGAGCUUCUCCGACUCCCUUGCCCGAUAGAAGGAAUUGUCACUUGGUGUUGCUUCGUAUUUCACAAUCGUAGUGCCCCCCUAAUGGAAAGUUUUGACUGAAAAUCAUUGCAUGAAAAAAACGCUUUAAUUUACAGUGAAUAUUAAUCCAACACCUGCAAGCUUAAAACAGAUUUGAGAGCAACACAGGAAGCGUAGAAUUGAACAGGUCGAGACUCAGAUGUCAGAGCCCCAUCUUCCCGACAUAAAUUCUAUUCAUGUCCGCUGACUUGCAUGAGAAAAAGGUGAAAAGUGCUUAUCGUCUUUCUUUAGAAAAAAUAAUCUUUUGUCAACUGAGCACCUUUUCUUGUGCAUUCAUGAGCUCAUCCAGAGCCAUAAUUGCACGAGUGAAACUGACCACUAGAUUUGUAAUAACAACGAGACCAAGCGAAAUAGACCUGCAAGGCUCUGUUCGUCCAUCAAGCAGUAAGCAAGUCUUCAAUAUAAGUUAGUAAGUUAUUACUCUUAUAACUACUUUUUAAACCCCUGGAAAAACGUAUAUCCACAGGAGUGCCGUAGAAAUCAAGCAAGGAUUACAAGGGAAUGAUUCUAAACCACUGUUAUCAUCAUAAUAAGAUAUCCCGAAGCAUGUUCUUUUACGAUCGAUAACCCUUUAGCAGUGCAGAUGCAUGCCUCUCUUUGACUAGUCCAACUACAAAUAUAACUUUAAAAUUUCUUUUAUACGCUAAAUGUACCGAAGGAGAUGUCAUCUCGUGCAAAUUUGUCUGAUUGCUAAAACGUAGAAACACCUCUAAAUCCUUUAAGUUCACUACAUUAUAUAGACUGCUGAUUUUGCAAUCAUUAAUGCAAUCAAUUUCGUUAGUCUAUUGUUUCCAACAGUUGAAGUUGAGAAUCAUUAUCUUCUUCUCUGGCCUUCUGCGCUUUGCACAAUUGCCACAACUAACAGACGGUGAUAAUUGGAGUAAAUACCUCGGACUUUCAGACGUGCAAGCAAAGUAACAGAAAAGUGGAGAGUAUCCUUAUCUAACAACAGGUCUUGACAUUUAAGAGAUGUUCUUUAGGUGGCCCGUGUAGCUCUUUCUACAAAAUAGACUACUUUCUUUCCUCAGUCGAUCCUUGGACUUCUUUCCGCUUUAUGUGCAAAUAUCAAACGACACGAAGGUCACCUGAAGCAAGUUUCAGAUAAAUCAGCUGUGGAGUCAAAUGUUUCCAAUAAUAGAAAAUUCUUCAUACCCGAAAAGAAAGUACCUUCAGGUGUAUUAAGGUAAUAGCCAACCAAAGAUUUCAUAUCAUUACUUCUGUUCAUUUUACUUUCGCGAUGCAGUAACAUUAGAUAGAAACAAAAUGACGGUGGAAAUAGUUCUGCGAAGAGGAAUCAUAACGUCUUUGUCCUGCAUCAUCCCUUCCCACAGCACGCCUUUUAAGUUCAGGGAUAAUUACUUUAAUGGACAUGUACCGGAUACAUUUAUUCAACAAACUGGAAAUGGCAUUGUCUACUCAGGUUUGUGUUGCUUCAUUUCUGAGCUUGGAAGGCAAAUAUAGAUUUUCGCCAAAGAUCAUGGCUUACAUGAAAUACCUUAGGAAUAUGUAUGCUUGUGUCACUUAGACUGGUCUCGCGUCUUUCGUCUUUCAGUUUCAGUUUCGUCUAGUGUCUUUCAGCGUGCAGCUCUUAACAUUUGAUCAGCUUUCCUUUGCUUCACAGGUUAUAGUGAGUUGUUCUUCCUAAGUGUUCAAGUGAUCUGCUGUCAAUUGGGAACGUUUCUUCCAUAAGCUUAUCGAGUGCAACAACGGCUUCUAAAUGUACGAAUGAUUUCAUAAAGUGUGCUUCAGUGUAUUAUUGUCUCCAACCUAAUAUAUGUCUGUCCUUUACCGAUCCUUCGAUGAAGGUUAUGUCUUAUACGAUGACGCACAAGCCAGUUUUCGUUCUUUUUGGCGAGGUGUUGGCGAAGAUGGCUCAUAAGGUGUGAUUCAGUGUUAAAUCUGUUGACCCAAAAAAAAAGACACGCUGAGGCUCUGUCCUUUGCAUAUCCAAAAACAACAAGUCUGCCUAAACCUGAUAUGGAAUAAUAUAUUAGAAUGAUUUAGGCCGAAUGAGCUACAUACAAGAAGACCUGUAUUGCCAUUUAAGUGUCAUUGUCUGAGAAAGUGUUCCAGGGGCCAAAAGUUGUGGUCAACCGAUUUGGCUGAAACUUGGCACAGAAGUUAGGUAUAAUGAGAUAUUUCAAAAGCCACUUUAGCUCACUUCUCUGAGUUUUAGUUUUGGAGUUACAGUGGGGGUCUCAUUUUUUGCCCUUUGAGCACCAAAAAUCCAGCCUUCCAGGGGGCAUUUUGAAAGUGUGAUAAGACCCCACUGGUAAAUUGUGCUGCCAAAUGAAUUUGACCAUGAACUCUACUAUAAUAGAGCUUUCAGUUCAUGCAUGUAACUUUGUCCUCAAGGUAUUGCAUAGAGAGGAGCCUGGGGCUAGAGUUUGGCCAAAAUUGAUGUUAAAAUUACAACCCAAAAUAGCCAUUUUUCAAAAUUUCACUUUAUUAACCUGCCUUCUUGCAUAACUUCCAAACCUAUACCACUGUUUACUAUAGUCACCCAGUUAUCAAAAUCAGUUGAGAAAAAUUUGGCUUAUUAUGGUUUAUUGAAUUUUUGGAACAAACACUUCAUGCCCCUCUAAGGCGAUGCAAAAUGGAAUUUUGAGCCUAAUUCAGGCCAUUAACAAACCAAAUUGUUAACAAGAAGCCCUUAUUCUGUAUUUGGUAAGUGAAAAUGAAUUGUCAAAGCCAAAUCAGUUUUGUUGUUUAGAAAUACACCGAUUCUUACCUUAAAAUUGAUCUAAAACGGGCCUCUGAUUAGCGCAACAAACACAUAAUUUAGCAAAACAAAGGUGAUUUUAUUUUUUGAAAACCUAAUAACCACCAUAGAACACAAAUGAUGAUGUUCUGAUGUACAUAUAAUAAUCUUUUUACAAGAUGCUUAAAUUUUUCUUUGAUUUAUAGUCAGUUUCACGUCAUAUUUCUAAGCAUUACUCCAAGCAUGGAAAGUCUCCAUAUUUUGUCGGGCCCAUUUUUUUACAUUUUUACCAGAUAAAUUUAGCUUAUCAAAAGGUUCGUUAACAUAUAAUCUUUGUCUGACUUUGUAAUAGCCUGAAUAGUUUUUUUAAAUACCCAUCAGCAAAGGAGCAUGACCAUACAUACGUAGAUGACACAGGCAUAUACCAGCUUCAGUGAGCAGUAUCGAGGUGAACUGUGAUUUUCCAAGUCCUUUAGAGCUGAAAAAAUGAAACCUUCCAUCCACGGUUAGGAGAGCUCGAUAAAAAAAGCUUGUUUUGCUUUUAUAAAGAAAAUAACCCAAACAAAGCCCUGCAUUGAGAUGAUGCACUUGUUAUUACAUCAAGUUAGCUGGCCCGCCAUUUUGGACUUGAAAAGUGUGGGAACUGGACCGAGUUCCCGUCCAAUCCUUCUCCCGUUUCGUGGGAAUUUUUUCUGUUUUUCAUGUGUGUUUUUCAUGUGGGUGUGUAAAGCCAUCUGUUUCAUGAUAAUUUUAUUUUUGAUGGCACUUUAUUCCUUUGGAGGGGAAAAUGGCCAGUGCGGUGUCACGUCAUGGGCUGUGCAAGAAACAGGAAUGCUUCCUUUGUUGUCUUGCUGUAGAGGGAUUCAGGUGCGUCCGGGGAAGAAGAGGAAGAACUGGCGAUGCCAAAGCUACAGGUGAUUCAAAAGAUCAGUUAGGGAUCAUAAACGCACACAAAUGAUUUUUAUCGCAGUUUAUUUGCUUGAAGAAAGACUGGAAUGAUAUAUAAUUUACGAUAUUGUCUUCUCAAAUUGUUUGUUCACAUGGUUGAUUGAUUCCCAUGUUAAUUUCCUGGGUCCUUACGAAGAGCACUAAACAUUCAACAAACUCAUCGCAGAAAUAUCUUUAUCACGUGGGCACGCUUAUCAAGCAAUGCUAAGUUUGGCAAUGCACAAUUUGAGCCAGCUUGUAUUGAAACUCCACCAGUCUCCUUUAUUUGCCUGUUUCGUCGAAGACAAGUCAACUUAAAAUAGGCUUAGCUACAAAAUUCCGUAGGAAUUGUUUUGGAAAUUUUAGACACGAAAAAGAAUUUUAGAAAAUCUCAAGAAUAUUAGAAAAAAAUUGACAAAUACUAGAACUUAAAUAGCAGUAUAUAUAGGAGAAUACUGAAUAGCAACACUUCACAGGCAGAAACGUUGAAAAACCGUUUUUAUAUUUCUGUAUUCCUACCAACCAAGAGAGGGCUCAGUCCACCCACAUGCUACAACAGUGUCUAGAGUACUGUUCACUGAGCACAACAAAUCAGCAGUUUUUCAUCAGAGUCAUCUACACUACAACUAAUCAGCGGUUAUUCACCAAAAGAGGCCCUCGCUAUCCAAAAAAAAUUAAAAUUUUGUGGGUUUUUUUAGGGAAUUUUAGAGAGUUUUAGCAGAUAACACUCUUAUUUAGGUAUAUUUUUUCAUUAUUCUUUUAACUGAAUAGUUAACAUUAUUCUAAAUAAUUUUUUAAUUAAAUAAUGAAACAAUUUUUUGUGCAAAUAUACACAAAUCUUCCGCGCUCUUCCAGAACAAUUCAGAGUCAGUUCCCAUUCCAAGCAAAUCCAAUAAUAUCAACUAAUUCGGUCGAUUUUGCGACGACGUUUUAGUGACAUUUUUUCCCUGAAAAUGUCAAUUUCAUCGAAAAACUUAGAUGCAGCAUGUUUGCAAAGAUCUUCGACGAAAAGGGUAAAUAAUGGCAUUGUGCAUUGCAAGAUAAACGUGUGCACGUGACAAGCUUAAUGUAAACAAGCAGCUGUAUUCCUAUCAACCAAGACAGGGCUCAGUCCACCCAGACCCAGAUUUGUCUAGAUUAUCGUACUUUUUUUUUUUUGGACAAAUUUGAUGAAUGUUUAGUGCUCUUCCUAAGGACCCAGGAUAUUAACAUGGGAAUCAAUCAACCUUAAACAAACAAUUUGAGACGACAAUAUCGUAAACUACACAUCGUCGUCUCUAAAUCUCUCUUCAGUCAGAAGAGUCCCCUAGAUCACGAUAAAAGCCAUUUGUGCGCGUAUAUAAUCCCUAACUGAUAUUUUGAAUCACCUGUAGCUUUGACAUCACCAGUUCUUCCUCUUCUUGCCCGGACACACCUGAACCCUUCUACUUGUGCUUUAACCAUGCAGUCAUGUCACUAUGGCAAGACAACAAAGGAAGCAUUCCUGUUUCUUGCUCAGCCCAUGACGCGACACCGCACUGGUCAUUUACCCCUCCAAAGGAAUAAAGUGCCAUCGAAAAUAAAAUUAUCCUGAAACAGAUCCCUUCCAGAAUUUCCAACACACCUGACGAAAAACAGAAAAAAUUCCUGCAAAACGGGAGAAGGAUUGGACGGGAACUUGGUCCAGUCCCCACACUCUUCAAGUCCAAAAUGGCGGGCCAGCUAACUUGAUGUAAUAACAAGUGCAUCAUCUCAAUGCAAGGCUUUGUUUCGGUUAUUUUCUUUAUAACAGCAAAACAAGCUUUUUGUUAUCCAGCUCUCCUAACCGUGGAUGAAUGGUUUCAUUGUUUCAGCUCUAAAGGACUCGGAAAAUCAAAGUUCACCUCGAUACUGCUCACCGAAGCUCGUAUAUGUCUGUGUAAUCUAUGUAUGUAUUGUCAUGCUUCUUUGCUGAUGGGUAUUUAAAACAACUAUUCAGGCUAUUACAAGGUCAGACGAAGAUUAUAUGUUAACGAACCUUUUGAUAAGCUAAAUUUAUCUGGUAAAAAUAUAAAAAAAAGGGCCUGACAAAAUAUGGAGACUUUCCAUGCUUGGAGUAAUGCUUAGAAAUAUGACGUGAAACUGACUAUAAAUCAAAGAAAAAUUUAAGCAUCUUGUAAAAGAUUGUUAUAUGUACAUCAGAAUAUCAUCAUUUGUGUUCUAUGGUGGUUACUAGGUUUUCAAAAAAUAAAAUCACCUUUGUUUUGCUAAAUUAUGUGUUUGUUGCGCUAAUCAGAGGCCCGUUUUAGAUCAAUUUUAAGGUAAGAAUCGGUGUAUUUCUAAACAACAAAACUGAUUUGGCUUUGACAAUUCAUUUUCACUUACCAAAUACAGAAUAAGGGCUUCUUGUUAACAAUUUGGUUUGUUAAUGGCCUGAAUUAGGCUCAAAAUUCCAUUUUGCAUCGCCUUAGAGGGGCAUGAAGUGUUUGUUCCAAAAAUUCAAUAAACCAUAAUAAGCCAAAUUUUUCUCAACUGAUUUUGAUAACUGGGUGACUAUAGUAAACAGUUGCAUAGGUUUGGAAGUUAUGCAAGAAGGCAGGUUAAUAAAGUGAAAUUUUGAAAAAUGGCUAUUUUGGGUUGUAAUUUUAACAUCAAUUUUGGCCAAACUCUAGCCCCAGGCUCCUCUCUAUGCAAUUCCUUGAGGACAAAGUUACAUGCAUGAACUGAAAGCUCUGUUAUAGUAGAGUUCAUGGUCAAAUUCAUUUGGCAGCACAAUUUACCAGUGGGGUCUUAUCACACUUUCAAAAUGCCCCCUGGAAGACGGGAUUUUUGGUGCUCAAAGGGCGAAAAAUGAGACCCUCCCUGUAACUCCAAAACUAAAACUCAGAGAAGUGAGCCAAAGUGGCUUUUAAAAUAUCUCAUUAUACCCAACUUCUGUGCCAAGUUUCAGCCAAAUCGGUUGACCACAACUUUUGGCCCCUGGAACACUUUCUCAGACAAUGACACUUAAGGCGAAUUAUCGUGCUUCUAUUACAAUCGCUUCAGGUGCCCGUGAUUUUUAGGGAAUAUCACAAUGACGAUUGAAUUAAGCUCGAAGCUUAACCACCUUUCGAAGGUUGAUAAUAAUCAUAAAUGCAUCUCGAACACAUGGAAGAAGAUUCAAACAUACCAGAAACGGAGAUACUUUGAAGAAAAAAUGGCUCAGAGGAGAAAAUACUGGUUUAAAGCUACCCAAACAAACAAAAGGAGUUUCCGUUGGUAGGUUCGAAUCAAGGGCAACCAAAGACUGUUUAGUGUGAAAUAUCUGUUCGGCGAAGCAAAUAUGGCCUAGAAUUUUCUAUUACUUGAGGACGGCUAAGAUUUCUAGAUGACUGUUCCACUCAUGUACAGUUUUCGAAGCUAAUAUCUAGUAGAAUCCCUACAAUUUUCUCAAGUUUAAUUUUCACAUUUCACUUCCCAAGUUAGGCUAUUUUCGUAGAGAAAAGGAAACCUAAAAUUUUCGGACUCAAAAAUGCAAUGGAGAGAGAAAUCAGAAAAUGUCUCACUUUCGUAACCCGUCAAAUUGCACCUAAAAUUUUCGAAAAAAUAAUAUUAACGCCCUUGUAAUUUCGAAAAGACUCAAGUUUCCCUAGGAUGGCCGAACAGAUACAAAUAAUAUUCUAUAGCGCCGCUUAUAAUGCAUUUCUAGACAUCUAAAAGUACUCCGGAUAGCCUAAUAAGUGUUAUCAAUGCAUUUAAGAGGAAACCGUCCUUGGGUACCCCUGAGUGCAUAAUAGAUAAAUACCUCUUCACGAAAACGUAUAAGAUGUGUGCAUCAAAAACAGUUCUAGAAAAUUUCCUCAUCUCAGAUUUUAAGAUUGAUCAGCUUUGCUUUGCUUGGCCAAUUUUAGUGCAUUCAUUAGUUGUUUUCUACUACAAACGAGAUUCCUCUGGUAAAAGUGAUCCUCUGUUGAUUGAAUAAGUUUCUUACAUAAAUUCAUCGGGUGCAAAAUUGGCCGCCUCCAAUUGUACGACUGAAGUGUUAACUUUAGGUUAAUGCUCCAUCAGAAUAAAUAUCUCUCCUUUCUUGAACCUUGGACUAAACGUAUGUCUGAUAUGAUGUCCUAUAAGCCACUUUGCUUUCUUUCUUUUGGCAUUCCUGAUGCAAAUCAUUCAAAUUCAGCCGAUGAGUUUAUUUAAUUCAUACACUUCUCUCGGUAUAGCCCAUGCUUGUUGUUAUUGAAGAAAAUUUAUAGGGCUAUUCAAGUAAGAGUUUCCGCUGGUACGUUCGUAUUGUUAUCGGCAUUACAGCUAUGUAUAAUGUUUCAACCUCCCAAUAAUAUGAUGGUAGCAUGACAGUGGCGAUAGGCCUAUUACUUUUCAGAGCACGCUUCGAAGGCUGCGUAUAGACCCCCUACUGGAGUCUUUUUUACCACUGAGCGAUCUACCAACGCGUUGGUAGUCAAAACAAAGCUAGUAUAUGACAGAAAAGAGUUACUAAAACACUCGCAGUAGGCUGAUUUCAGCUAAAACCGUUUUGAAAACGAAGUUCACAGGUGGUCAGUGCAUAAGUUUUCACAGGUCUUUCAGUUUGCUUAAGGUUUGCUUCGCUUCAUCAAUUGUAUUCCAGAAACCUUUCGCACCAAAUUUUGAAAUAUCGCAAAAGGAGGGAAAGUAACAGCCCUUAUUUCGCAACAAAUAGUAAAAAAAAGAAUUAAAUAUAAGGUAUUAAAUCGAGCAGUGCACGUUUUCAGGGUUUUCACGCUGUAAUCGCGUUAAAUAUGGCGACCAAGAAGUGAAUUAAAUACAAGAAACACAUCCAAGCCUUUCUACCAUUUGUACCUGUCUGUAAGCAAUUGGUACAUACCUAGAGCAGGCGCUUGGACUUUAAUUUAUUCAACUGACUUCUCCUCAGGUUCCCCAGGACUCAAAACACUGAAACAAAUGAACCGUAGUUAAUUAAACAAAGCGAUCCCUCGGUAUUGAUGUGGCACAUGCAAAUGGCUCAAACCAAACGAACAGACCUUUUCACCAAUGGAGUCAUUUUAAAACUACCAUUAGAAUUUUUUCUCUUUCCCUCCUAUUCAAAUUCAUGUGCCCAGGUGACAAGCCUAAUUUGGGCACAGAAAACGAAAUCCUGAAGCACUCUGGUUACUGAAGCGUAAUCGACUGUAAAAUGACGCCAUGAUGAAAACGGGCUUUACACGUUCUGUUCUAAGAAUUGCCUUUUUACCUGUUGUAUUUAGCUGUGUGAACAGCUGGGGAAAACCAGUACGCACUUCGUAAACACUGCAAUUUAAAAAAGCUUAUCCUUUAAAAUGUGCUUUCGCAAACUGACAUAGUCAUUCAGCGGCAGUGGUGUGGGUUUAGAUUAAGGUGUGGGUGGUUGGUGGGGGAUUGUUUUGCACAAUGUCUGCUUUGACAGCAGCAAUCGUGGCAAAAAGAAUCCAACAAUAGAUUAAUAUGUCUUAUAUUAUUCGACAAAUUUGCUUACCAGUUAAAAACCAGAUUUCAGCUGCAUGUUCAACUGUGAAAAUAUUAUUCCAGUAAGACUGCGUAGCCCUCCUCGUUUGCGAUUAUGGUUUAUUAAGUUGCAUGCAAACGAAAGGUCACGAGUUCAUAAACUUAGAAUGGCGGCAGUCGAAAAAUUGAUCUGGAACUGGGCAGGAGGGAAGGGGGAUUGCUCAAAAGAUUUACAGGGACUAAAAGGUACCAUAUUCGGUAUUUCAUCGCUGAUUUAGUCUGUUUGGUCAAUUAAGAUAGCCUUAAAUUUAUCUUUUCAUCCAUGCUUCCUUACCGCUGUUCUGCUUGUCUAGUCUACGGCUUGAGGUGUUAUUUUAUUGGUGUUUAAGGCGGUUCUCUGACCAAUCAGAAAAGUGCACCUUAUCCUAUCGGUUUUGUACUGCAAUCAGUGAAUCCUUGAAACAUUUUUUUUUUUCGCUAUUUGUAUUUUAAUGACGAUUUUUAAUUUCGUUUUUCUUGUUUUUUUGUUUUUAUUAAUGUAAUUCUAUAUUCUUAAUGUAAAGAAUAUUACUCUGAGAUGCAUAGACCGUAUGAAUGCCAGCCUGUUUAAAUAGUUUUACUUUUAACUUGACAUUACUUUUCAUUACACCCGAUAAGAUAGACCCCCACAAAAACGUAAAAAUAUUGCAUUUACGUACCCUUUGGAAAAGUAAUACUAUGUAGAUAUCUGCUGUAUUCAAAGGCAUAAUGUCGUUUUACCUGAGGAAUGAUUUAUUGCAAAAGCCACUUAUUUUUCGCUGAUGCUAACUUCAAAAGAUAAUUUAUAGGGUGGGCGCACGUGUGAUAAGGCAAUAUUGGGAAAGUCCGUAAUACAGGCAACUAAAUUCUGAAGAAAUUAUUUGUUGAAGAAGCUUUGAAAAGUUUCAGCAAAACAGAAGUUAGGCAAAUUAGCUUUCUGUCGAAACUUGUGACAUCUUUCGUAUUUUGUGAAAAAAAAAACGCGGUUUGGAUGGUGUUGUAUGUCAUGGCCUGUACAUGCAGGCACCGCAUAACCUGGGCAGGGUGGGGUUUGUACCCUAUUUGUCCUGACAGCAAAAAACAAUUCUUAAUGUCAGCUGAUCCUAUGUAUUUUUUCCUAGCGUUUGGGUAUUAAAAAGUACUUUUCCUCGCGGGUGCUUUGACGUUCGUUCUCAUGCAAUGUGUCAGCAUUAAUGUUUGUUCUUUGUUUGUUUCUCUUAUUUAGAUGAAUCACCCCAUUCCUUCUCCAGGUGUCGAGCUUAACGCAAUGAGUGUUUCCUCUGAGCUAAGACCAUUAUACAGACUUACUUCAGUUAAAGAAGAGUGUGCAGAAGAGGAACUGAAUAGCUUUAGUAAUCUGGCAAAAUUGGUAUUCAGUUUUCAAUCUAAAACUAACAGUGCCCAUAUUGGCCAAGAAUGCCCCAUCAAUUGUCCUUGUAAAUGCCAAUUCCAUCUUCACUGCCUGUUGUGA